AGGUGACCCAUCCUCAUGGAAUUUCCCAUCCCUCAGGAAAGACAACGAUGAUCAACGGUUUGACGAACUACGUGUAUGGCAUCGAAUGGAAAGAUGACUUCCGGUUCAAGAUAAUCACUGAGAAGGGCGACGUGAACGCGGAUGACAAGGCCCACAGCCAAACGAAAGGGAUCUCGGCCUAUUCCUUCAAUUGGCGGCAGGGGAUGAGGAUCCCGUACACGCUCACGGUGAUCGACACGCCUGGCUUCGGAGACUGUGAAGGCCUCCACAAGGAUGAGGAACUUGUCGUCAAGAUGCGGGAGUUCUUCGAACUAUGCGAACCACAUGGCUUGAACACCGUGAACGCCGUGGGAUUCGUGCUGCCCGCUUCCACUGCGAGGCUGACGGCCUCGCAGAAGUAUAUUUUUCACGCCAGCACCCAAAUGUUCGGCAUCGACACGAAGGAAAAGUUCGUGCUGCUUUGCAGCUUCUGCGACGGGCAGGAACCAGCGGCCAUCGUCGUCGUGAAGAAUGCGAAGCUGUUCUAUCAGGACUAUCACCCUUUCAACAACUCCGCCCUCUUCGCUAGCAAUAAGGAUCCCAUGCAAAAGAUGUUCUGGGACUUGGGACUCAAUAGCAACAAGAAUUUCCUGGCAUCUUUAGGCGAGAUGACGCCCGUUGGCCUCGCCAUGACGAGGGAGGUGCUUGUUGAAAGACGAGCUCUUGCUGAGAACCUGAAAAAAUUGCAGGAGCAAAUCCCAAGA